UGUGCGACCUGAUUCGCAAUGGAGUGAGUGCAAUAUUCGGUCCAGAAUCGCCAGAAAACAACGAAAUCAUCCAGUCAGUAGCUGCAAGCUUGCAAAUCCCGUACUUCCAGAAUAGUUGGAAUCCUCAAGAAGAAGCAGCCACAUCGGUGUUCAACUUGCGUCCGAACUCGGACGCUUUGUCCCGCGCUUUGGCCGCCCUCGUCCGGGAAAACGACUGGAAAACCUACACAGUCAUGUACGAAAACGAGGACAGUCUUUUGAGGCUCCGAGAGACACUCAAACAGAGGAAACCGAACGAUUUGUCCAUAGCCUUUAUCUGUUUAGGAUCUGGGCCGGAUUAUCGGACGGUGUUGAAACAAAUCAAAAAAACCUUAGAUACGAGGUUCAUAUUGGACUGUAAGGCUGAUCGUAUAUUAGACAUUUUCCGGCAAGCCAAAGAAGUGGGGCUCCUCAAGGAUUACCACAGCUAUAUUUUAACAGAUUUGGAUGCGCAUUCUUUAGACUGGUCAGAGUUCAAUGAAGUGGUUUCAAACAUAUCCAGCAUCCGACUUAUGGAUCAUGAGAGUGACGCUGCAAAGAAUAUAGGAAAACUUUGGAGAAUCGAUCCGAAACGCAUUAAG